CCCGUGAUAAAGUAAUAAUUUUGAAUAAAUAUAUAGAGCAUUUGUCGUAGAUUUUAAAGUCUUUUUCUUUCUUUUCUUUUCUUUCCUCUAUAUUCCUUUUUGUUAUAUAAUUAAUCUCAUGUUAAAACCUUCUUCACUUACAGCAGAAACAGUAUCACAUUAUUUACCUUUGUCGGGGAAUAUUCCCGAUAUUCAGGGACGUAUUAUUAAUGUAACACAUCAAAUUCCUUACAACAUUUUACGUUCACAUCCAAGCAUUAUCAGAGAGGAUCAAAUUCCAAUAUCUCCACCUAUAUCUCCUCGUAACAGCAAUAUGAUUGUUCCUGAAAAAACAACAUCUACAUCAUCUAUCCUUUCGACCCUAACAAUAGCAGAAGAUGGUACUGCUACUGACCCUGUAGCAGCUGCUCCGAUUUCUAAACUAGCUCGUCAUCAUAAACGCGGCGUUACUUUACGUAUGAGGUUCCACGCAGCUGACUGGACUGUAGUUGAGCGUAGAGGUCAUCAAGCUCUUUAUGCUGGUCUACAACGGUUACGUAAAGAUUACGAAACAAUUCAUAUUGGUUGGUCUGGUCCCAUUCGUAAGCAAGGCUCACGCAAUAUUAUUGAUAAAUUGGCUUUGGAGGAUAAGGUCAAGUUGAGAUCACUUUUGUGGGAGACAGGUCAGAUUGUUCCUAUCUUUUUAGAUAAAAAAUCUCAUGGGCAUUAUGAAGGUUAUUGUAAACAAGUACUUUGGCCUGUAUUUCAUUAUUUAGUAGAAACUUCGUCUCAAAGUAGUCGUUUGGAAAAACAGUAUUGGGAUGAUUAUGUAGCUGUUAAUCGUAUAUUUGCAGAUACUAUUAUAGAAAGAUAUCAUCCUAAUGAUACCAUUUUCAUUAAUGACUAUCAUUUAUUAUUGGUACCUGAAAUGAUUCGCGAAAAGCUUCCUAAUGCAGCCAUCGGCCUUUUUAUUCAUGCAACCUUUCCUAGUUCUGAAAUCUUUCGUUGUUUACAAACUCGAAACGAAAUUCUUCAGGGUAUGCUUGGAGCCAAUUUAAUUGGAUUUCAGACUUAUUCUUAUGCAAGACAUUUUAUUUCUUCUUGUACACGUGUUCUUGGCUGUGAAACAACUCAAAUAGGUGUCAAUCAUCAUGGUACAAUGAUAUCGGUAGGUGCCUUCCCGAUCGGUGUCGAUUGUAAUCGUAUCCUAAAUCAGUUCUGUAAACAACCAGGUGUACAGCUUAAACUAGAUGCAAUUCGUACUAUGUACACUGGUAAAAGAAUUAUUGUAGGUCGCGACAAACUAGAUAAUACAAAGGGGAUUAUUCAAAAGCUUCAUGCCUUUGAACGGUUCCUUCGAGAUUAUCCUGAGUGGCGUCAUCAGGUUGUUCUCAUUCAAGUAGCUACUCCUACCUUUGGCGAUCAUAUGAAAUUAGAAAAUAAGAUUUCUGAACUUGUCAAUCACAUCAAUUCAGAGUUUGGUACGAUUCAUCAAAUUCCUAUCCAUUACUACUAUCAAGAUAUUGAUAGAGAUGAGUAUUAUGCAUUAUUGACAGCAGCUGAUUUGGGUCUCAUUAUACCCUGUCGCGAUGGCAUGAACACGACAUCUUACGAAUAUAUUCUAUGCCAACAUGAAAAGGAAGAUCAUGGACCCUUGAUCCUUUCAGAGUUUGUCGGAUCGGCGGGAUCCCUUGGUGCUGCUUUGCUUGUCAACCCAUAUGAUUACGGAGAUAUUGCUAGAUGUAUUCAUUAUGCUUUAACCAUGUCUACAGAAGAAAAAAACACACGUCAUGAGAAACUUUAUAAUCAUGUUACAAGCCAUACAGCUGACUUUUGGGCUCAUUCAUUUAUCAAACAAUUGGUCAGUGUAAGUGAACAGCAAGACUUACAAUCCCAUGCAACACCUAAACUAGAUCUUACAAAACUUUCCCAAGAUUAUAAAAAUGCAAAUAAACGAGUCAUGUUCUUUGAUUACGAUGGUACUCUAACACCUAUUGUUUCUGUACCAUCUGAUGCUAAACCGGGAUCCGAUAUGUUAAAGGCGCUUCAAAUACUUUGUAAUGAUCCUAAAAAUAUUGUUUGGGUAAUAUCUGGUCGAGAUCAAGUCGUUCUUGAUGAAUGGUUAGGAGGUAAUGUAAAUCAUCUCGGACUAAGUGCAGAGCAUGGCUGUUAUGUCAAGGGAGCUGAUUCAAUUACAUGGACCAGUGUUGUAGAUGGCAUUGAUAUGAGUUGGAAGGCGGAUGUUGAAGAGAUAUUUAAUUAUUAUACAGAACGUACUCAAGGUAGCUUUGUUGAACAAAAAAAAUCCUCAAUUACUUGGCAUUAUAGAUUAGCUGAUGCAGAAUAUGGCGCUUUUCAAGCAAAAGAAUGUCAAAAUCAUUUAGAAAAUGCCAUUGUCUCCAAAUAUCCGGUUGAAAUUUUAGUUGGUAAAAAGAAUUUGGAAGUUAGACCUAUAUCUGUUAAUAAGGGUGAGAUUGUUAAACGUAUUCUUUCAAAACAUUUUGAUGCAAAUCUUGUUAUCUGUGCUGGCGAUGAUAAGACAGAUGAGGAUAUGUUUAGAACACUUAGUGCUGCUCAUUAUCAACAAAAACAACAGUUAUCACCUACUUUAAAAAAAAUGGCUAAUAAUCAUAAUAAUCCCAUCUCAAUCUGGCCAGAACAAAAUUCAAGUCUUUAUUCAAUUACAGUGGGUCCUUCUGAGAAGAAAACACAUGCUAAUUGGCAUGUGAACACUCCUCAGCAAGUUAUUCAAGUAUUGGAGCUUUUAGCAUCCAUAGAAUGAAAGAAACAAUAAAGGUUAUAAACUAUUUUAUCUUUGUAUAUAUUGAAAUAUACACAUAUAUAUAUAUACAUAUACCUGUAGUGUUUUUCUUUAUAUUUAGCCAAUAAAAACAAAAGAAUCCCUUUUAUUUAAUUAUGAUAAUUUGAAGAUAAUCUUGAAGCCAAAAUUAGAUAGUAUUAAUAACCAAAAAAAA